AUGACUCCUCAUAACGAUAUUCCCGGCGAUGGUGCUGUUAGUCAUAGCAUUAUUUACGGCGGUAAUUUUUUCAUGGGUGGAAAUAUUGUUUUCGGUGAAGGCAAUUCCCAUGUUGAAAAUGAUGAAUAUAAACGUUCAACUACUUUAGAGAAUUCCAACGACGAGACGUUUAUGGAUUUUUCCGAUGAACAUGAUAAAGCCGAAAAUUUUUCAAAGUUGGAACUUUCACAAAAAGUUGCUUUGGAGUUGGAUUCACAAUUUUGGAAUAGGGAAGAAUCUCCAUAUAGUUUCGAUCCUGAAGAUGGAAAACUAAGUACUCAAGAAAAUUUAUCGAUGACGGUGAAUUGGAAUAUUUCAUUAAAUGGGAUGGUUGGGAUGAAAAAGAUAAUACGUGGGAAUUGUCAAAAAAUGUGUAGAUUUGCUCAAAAGUUAGUUAAUGAAUAUUGGAAUUCAUUAUCUGUCAAACAAUCUUUGCACCAAUCUGAACCCCCAAAACCACUAAAUUCUGACUCACCUUCGACUGGCUUGGAUGUUGAAAUACAAAAAAAAGUUAAAAAACGAAAACAGCUCCAAAAACCAUUAAAGUCAACAAAAAUUACAAAAAUUAAUUCAUCGACUGAUUUGAAUGUUGAAAUACAUAAAAAAUCUAAAAAACGAAAACCUAAAAGUGUCAUUUCAAGCAGCGAUGAAGAGCGAUCCGGGAAAACAAAUAAAUC